GCUUUGAAAUUAAGUGACGAUUUGAAUCUUAAUGAAAUUGAGUGCGUCCAGCUACUUGUUACGACCAAUAAGGAGUGGAUUCUUUUUGGGCGAGAGCCAUUGGAGAUAUACCGACUUGCAGCAGGCCUAUGGUACAUGGAAAGAAGGAGUGUUAUAACCUCCUUACACGCCCUUUUACGGGCUGUUGUACUUGAUAAUGGACUGGAAGCUGAUACCUUGGCCGAUAUUCAGAAAUAUCUGGAAGAACUUUUUGACUCUGGGCUUAGGCAGAGGCUUAUUGCACUCAUAAAGGAAUUAAAUCGGGAAGAACCAGCUGGUUUUGGUGGACCUAAUUCUGAACGCUAUAUCAUUGACUUCAAAGGUGCAGUUGUUGAGCGGAAAGCAGUUGUUGCUCAAGAAAGAGUUCUUCUUAGUCACUGCCUCGUCCUAUCUGUACUUGUCUGGAGAAUGAGUAAGCUAAUUUAUUUGUUUUAUUUUUUAUUUUUGAUUUAAAAUUUCAAAGAUUAUCUAUC